AAAAAGAAGAAGAAGAAAAAGAAGAUAAUCUGAGGCCUGCGUUGAACGUGCCCUUGAACUGGGGUAGCCGGGGCACUCAUCGUCGAGAUUGGCUUAGGAAUAUCACCCGACGCACCGAAUCCGAGUCCGGGCGGACUGAUGAAGGGCGCAAAGAAGCUUCUCCGCGUCCUUCCAAACCCGACAUACGCUCGCAUACCGGCUUGCAAGAUCGAGUUAAUGAAGGGAACCGAAAUGCGCUAGGGGAGCCUCCGUCCAAUAGGUAUAAUAGGAUUCCUCCGACAGACGCGCGCAUUAAGCCUUUCUCAGAUCAGAAAGAUGAGAAUCUAGGGGAGGGAAGUCAAAUUCCGAACACGCCGAUUAUGGUAUACAAGAAUUCUAUAUUUAACAAACGAAGUCCUACGAAAAGAGACUCUCAUGAUCUUCUUCGCAAGCUUUCAAGGACAGAAAGCCCGCCGCAAAGCCAGGCCGAGUUCAGCACGCCGGAAAACCCCAAAAUCCCUGAGAGGCGGAUCUACGACAAAACGCCGGUUGUAACAGGCGCAUGGAUUGAUACGCCGAUGACUGAGCGGAUGAAAGAGCUUCCGAAGCCUCGCCUGAACAAUUUCAACCCCCCAAGUUCCGAAAACAAUAGCAUUGAUGUGCCUCCCGGGCUAGGAGUUCCAACCAUCAUUGAAGAGCCCAGCAGCUCUGAGUUGCAGCAAGAUAAUAAGGAUGAAAUGCUUAACAAGGGAGAGAAAGAAGCCCAAAUAACCUGGGAGAAUGAGAGGGAAAGUGAGUCAAAGGAGAGAGAACAGGAAAGGGAAAGCGCGGGUAAUGUGAGGCCAAAGAAAACAAGCCAAGCGGAAGAUAAGAGAAAGGAGGAGGCGGAAAAGCAAGCAGAUGAAUCGAAAGAGAAAAAAAGGCCGCCGCUGAUCAAACCCGAUCUACCAAAGAGUGCGUUGGAGACGGUCAUGCAGGAUUUCAAGGCCGACAAGAAUUCUUUGGAUGUUGGCGAUGACACGCUCGAAUCUCUCCAACAGAUCCUUGACGAGAAGCCAAGUGACCCGAAGACUGAAUCAGAGGAUGAUGCUGAGUAUGAGAGAUCCAUAUUGCAGAAACUCGAACUCGAAAGCCCAAGAAGCGCUGAGAGCGUCGAUCUUGACAGACUGAACGAAAAACUCAAGUCUCUAACCGAGAAUAUUAAGAAGGUGAAGAAAGGACUUCAUGGAUUAGAAGAUCAAGUCUUACGGGAUGCCGCGACUCUGGCUUCGAUUCCAGCUUCUACGAAAGGACAAUCAUCCUCAGGCCAUUCCUGUGACAACUGCGAAACCUGUCAAGCCCACCAUAACGGUUCUACCUAUGCUAUCUACCUCCCACGUUUAUGGAGACGUGAAACUGGCUCGCCCCGUAUCCGUCCCACUCUGCUGGGAUGGUGCAGUGCACUCUUACUCCUGUGGUACUUCUCAGAGUUGACCAUGUGUGAUUACUACUGCCAUCCCUUCAUUGCUGAAGCCUGUGGAGGGAAUUGCCUGCUACCCGAUGCACCACGCUUUCCGUUCGUCAUUCCUACAAUGCUCUGGCGAUGGUUGCACCUAUCCGCCCUUUGGACUCCGCUCUGGGCCAUGACUGUGGCCUUCUUCAGGCUCACUACGCAGCUACUUGGGAUAUCGGAUGGCUAUGUAGACGAUGCACCUCCUCGAGCGCUCAACUUUUCCGGUGAAGUUCGGAUACGUGGGACCCGUGUGGAAGGUUUCCCUGCAUUUGCAACGUCGGGUUUCGGUGCACCUGAGAAGCAACAGCAGACACAGACCCAGAAACCCUCUCCGGUCGCCGUGCCUGAAUUAGAUCUAGGACAGGGUGCACGCCUGGGAGGGAAGGUUAACUGGGAAGAUGACUCCAUGGAUGAUGAUGAACUUAUCUAGCAAUGAAAUACGGGUGUUUUUUGGCUCUCCGACGAGUUGAAUAACCUUCUGUGUCUCUUUUAUUCUAGUGUCAAGGACGUCCUUCUUAUCUUUGGGGCAGAUGCGCCUAGAGUUGAACCAUGUUCCAGACUGUAUGUUAUUAUGAAUAACUAGUAAUUAACCACUCACUACUGGCAACGUCAAGUGCCAGUCCAAGGCUAUAAGGCCAUCAUCAAAACACUACAUUCACGUUUAAAAGAAUGAAAGAAAAAAAGAAAUCAAAAGCGAAUAGAACCCAACCAUCACCCUUGCAUUCCACAAUCAACAUUGUCUUUAUCGUUAUUUGCACUAACAUAGAAAUAAAUCAUCGAGACCCUCAGUCACAGUCUCACCAGUCAAAUCAACAAAGCUUCGCAUCAUCCUGCGAACAAGAAUUAUCCACAUAAUUAAAGGUCAGCUCCCCAUCAUCCACAUUAUUAUUCCCCUGAGGAUAGUAGUACGGUACACUACCGCAAACCUUGCAUCCAUGCUCCGGGAUAUA